CGGGAGCGGAGUCUAACGCAGCGGUCUUUCUACGCCUUUCCCCUGUUCUCUUCCUCCACCGGGGUCCGCUUCCCCAGCUUCUGCUUGUGACAGGGGUACGGGCCAAUCAGGGAAGCGCUCGUUUCUGUCUUAGCGAGGUUUACAGUACAUCGAUUUCAUAAUAAGCCUGGGCAGUUGCAGCUUGUGUGGAAACCAGGCUUUGCAGUGAAACCAUCUGCUGGUCAGUCCAACUCUGUCAGGAGACCUGUCGUGUGUUUCUCAGCUUGAAGAAGAUCAACAGUCAUUAUUGAUCCCUUUUCUUGGCGUUACCUUUUUGAAGUGAAGUUUACCUAGUUUUCUAGAGUGAGCUUUCUUUUCAGACAUUUCUAAAGUUUGAUCCAUAAUAGACAAGCUAUAGUUCAGCAAUGUCCAAGUCAUUCCACCAGUCAGCUCUAAAUAGGGAUUCCCAAGGUCAUGGACGUGACCUUUCUGCAGGAAUAGGCCUUCUUGCUGCUGCUGCUACCCAGUCUUUAAGUGUGCCAGCAUCUCUUGGAAGGAUGAACCCGGGUACGGCGCGCCUUGCUAGCUUAAUGAAUCUUGGAAUGAGUUCUUCAUUGAAUCAACAAGGAGCUCAUAGUGUGCUGUCUUCUGCUAGUCCAUCUUCCCAUGCCUUACAGUCUAUAUUUAACAUUGGAAAUAGAGGCCCACUCUCUCUGUCUUCUCAGCACCGUGGAGAUACAGAGCAGGCCACUAGCAUUCUGGCCAGCUUCGGGCUGUCUGCUAGAGACUUAGAUGAACUGAGUCGUUAUCCUGAGGACAAGAUCACUCCUGAAAACUUGCCUCAAAUACUUCUGCAACUUAAAAGGAGGAGAGCUGAAGAAGGCCCAUCACUGAGUUAUGGUAGAGAUGGCAGAUCAGCUGCACGGGAGCCGCCAUACAGAGUUCCUAGGGAUGAUUGGGAAGAGAAAAGGCAUUUUAGAAGAGAUAGCUUUGAUGAUCGUGCUUCUAGUCUCAGCCGAGUGGUUGACUAUGAUCAUGGAAGUCGUUCUCAAGAAUCUGUUUAUUAUGACAGAAUGGAUUAUGAAGACGAGAGAUUAAGAGAUGGAGAAAGGUGUAGGGAUGACUCUUACUAUGGCGAAACUUCGCAUAAGUAUCGUAAAUUUGACAGUGAGUAUGACAGAUUGGGCCGUGGCCCUGAGAGAUCUCUCUUUGAGAAAAAAAGAGGCGCUCCUCCUGAUAGCAAUAUUGAAGACUUCCAUGGACUCUUACCGAAGGUUUAUCCCCAUCUGUGCUCUAUCUGUGAUUUGCCUGUUCAUUCUAAUAAGGAGUGGAACCAGCAUAUCAAUGGAGCAACACACAGCCGACGUUGUCAACUUCUCCUUGAAAUAUACCCUGAAUGGAACCCUGAUAGUGAUUCUGGACGUGGGCUGGGUGAUCCAUUUAUGUUGCAAUCCACAAAUCCAGCUCCGGGAAUUUUGGGACCACCUCCACCUCCAUUUCAUCUGGGAGGGCCACCACUUGGAUCAAGAGGGGCUGGAAAUGGAAGCAUGCAAGGGCCAAGACACUUGCACAAGGGCAGAGUGGAAACAAGCCGAGUUGUACACAUUAUGGAUUUUCAGAGAGGGAAAAACCUGAGAUUCCAGUUGCUGCAGCUUGUUGAACCAUUUGGAAUUAUUACAAAUCACCUAAUCUUGAACAAAAUAAAUGAGGCAUUUAUUGAAAUGUCUACCACUGAAGAUGCGCAAGCUGUAGUAGAGUAUUAUUCAACAGCACCAGCCUUAGUGUUUGGCAAACCUGUGAGAGUCCAUUUAUCACAGAAAUAUAAAAGAAUAAAGAAACCAGAAGUGAAACCUGACCAAAAAUUUGAUCCUCCAAAACAAGAACUCGGUCGUGUGAUUCAUCUCAGUAAUUUGCCAAAUUCGGGCUAUUCUGACAAUGCCGUACUCAAAUUAGCCGAGCCCUAUGGGAAAAUAAAGAACUACAUAUUAAUGAGAAUGAAGAGUCAGGCUUUCAUAGAGAUGGAGACAAGAGAAGAUGCUGAAGCAAUGAUGGAGCACUGUUCUAACAAAGCCCUCUGGUUCCAGGGAAGAUGUGUGAAAGUAGAUUUGUCAGAAAAGUACAAGAAAUUAAUAUUAAGGAUUCCCAACAAAGGAGCAGAUGUGAUGAGGAAAGAUAAACCAAGAAAGAGAGGUCUUUCUCCAGAUAGCAAAGACUACGGAAGUGAGGAGAAAAAAAGUAAGUCUGAUGAAAAUGAGAAAAUGGAUACUGAAGAUAAAGAAGAGAAGGGAGAUGAAGCAGAAGGGCAGGAUACAAAAGACAGCGAACAAGCAGACCAAGAAGAACCACAUUUACUUGAAUCUGAAGAUGAGCUGUUGGUAGAUGACGAGGAAGCAACAGCAUUGCUAGAGAGUGGCAGUUCAGCAGCAGAAGAUACAGAUGUGGCAAAUUUGGGCGAGGUAACUACUGAAGAAAAGGAAGCAGCUGGUGAUGAAACUACUGCAAAAACUGAAGAGGGUGCUGCAACUACUACAGCAGGGAAAAAAAUGAAAAAAAGGCAUGUAGGUGGAUUUCCAAGAAGCAUGGAAGGUUUUGUCACUCUUGAUGAAGUUGGUGAUGAAGAAGAUUCAGAUCACCAGAAACAACGUCGAUCUGGCAUGGUUAAAUCUCUUGUAAAAACUGACAACAAUGAAACUGAAGGUACAGCUGAAGAAACAGAACAGGGAAAUGAGACACUGGAAAAUGGUGCCAAAACUGUGAAGACAGACCAAUCUGAAAUGAAUGAUGGCACAGUAUCACAAGAAGGAGAGAAAAAAGAAAGUACCAGUGAGCAAGAUACUGCCAGUGAGAGAUGCGCAGUCUCAGAUGAACACAGAAUUGGACCAUAUCAACCAAAUGUUCCUGUUGGUGUGAACUAUGUGGUGCCGAGAACUGGGUUUUACUGUAAAUUGUGUUCUUUAUUUUACACCAAUGAAGAUGCUGCGAAAAAGGUCCACUGCAGCAGCCUCACACACUAUCAAAAACUGAAGAAACACAUGGACAAAAUGGCUGAAGAUCAGAAACAGAAAAAAAAAGACUUAAAUGCUGCUGCAGAGGAGGCUUAAGAAUUUAAGAAAAACUUGUUUUAUUUUUAAUGUUUAUCUCAAUACAGCAAAAUUGAUGAAAUGCUAUAUUACGUAGAUUUUAGUAGACUAAAUAAAAGUAUAAUUCUGUUAAUGUGUUUAAUGUUAUAACAAACUGCAUUUUCAAAUCUUUUGUUUGUUUAAAAAGGGGGGGGAAGACAGUAGAUAUUUGUGUCUAAAUUGAUUCUUCUGAAGGACUGUUGCAUAAUUUGUGAAGACCAGAGAAUUUUAUCAGCAUUAAGCUUUUCAGAGUUUGAAAAACAUCUUUUUAAAUGCGGUUUUUUUCAGUUACAUAUUAAAACUUAGAAUUUUUUCCCCUCUGGAACAUUCCACAUUCCAUUUUUUAGUCCAGCUAGUAGUUUUUCAGUGGACUUUCAUUAUUUCAUUUCAUUUUUGAGACGUGUUAGAAAUUUUAUGUGGCUUUUAAAAAUGUGGAAACAUUUUCUUUAGUAUCCAUGUGUUAGAUAGUGAAUAGGAAAACUAUAGCCAGCUUCAACAACAACAAAAAAAAAAAACUAUUAUCUCAGUCCUGAUUUUUCUGUCCUGAUCUUGCAGGAAGCAAAUUCUUACUCUUCUGACCAGUAUUACGUUUCUGAGCUCUUACCUGCAACUUUAAUUUAGUACUUUCCAUACAUCUUCAGUAUAAGCAAAAGGAGCAUUUCAAGGCUAAAUUGUAAAUAUUUACCUUUUUUAUGUUUGUAUUCCAACUCAGAUCCUAGAUUAGUUACUAAACAGUCAUUAAACCUAGAAGUACUUGGUCCAUAGUAACGUGUUUAGAGUGGGGCCUACAUUUUCAGAAUUGAUUUCAUCCUAUAUUCUUGAUGUAACUUCACAUAGCUGAUGUGAAUGGAGCUUGUGUGUAAAAUCUGUUUUUGUGUAGUUUUAUCAUUUUAACAGCUUACUUUACUUAACUGGAUUCAGAUUGUUAGAAUGUCAAGCCAAUAAACUAUCAAACAAGUCAAGAGUAAA